CCCUUUUUGGCCGGCCCUUCCUCUUUUAGAGAUGCCUGCCGGGCGGCACAAGAAUUUCAACUGCCAACAUUAACCGUGACCUUUUCUUAGCGUUCAGGAUUAUUGUAUGGUCGCUGCUCGUACGCUCACCUGACGAGAACUUUUCCGGUCGCGGUCUCGUGAACACUACCAUAUGCAAGCAUUGGAUUCUUUCUAUAUAACAUCGGCCGAAUUAUGGGCGACAUCACUGGAAUUCAUCCAGCAGACACUUGCUUUCAGGCUAUUGCCCUCCAUGAGGUUCUCUUGGUCUAGCGCAUUGGUAGCGACGACGUUGGUCCAGGACGCCUUUGCGCAAUGCCCUGACUAUACCACGUAUGCACAGAGGUCUCAGGGAAACCCAUCGGGUGGUCCUUUAGGUUUACCGUACAUGCGCCCUGACCCAGCCUGCCGCACGUUCAACAGUACCGCCGUCGAGAAAGUCGUUGUGGAUAUGAAAUCACGUCUCAAAGAUCCGGAUCUCGCGAGAUUAUUCGAAAAUACAUUUCCUAAUACUUUAGACACAACAGUCAGGUAUUAUAAUGAAACAGAGAAUUUAGCUUUCAUCAUAACGGGGUACGCGUCCAUGGAAUUUACUCUCUCUAUCAGAGCACAGUGGCUACGUGAUACCGCCAACCAGUUUGCUCAUUAUGGAUCCUUGCUCUCCGUCGAUCCGCAUCUGGCUUCUCUUGUCAAAGCUGUCAUCAAUAAUGAAGCACGUUACGUCGCAGAAUAUCCAUAUUGUGGUGCAUUUCAGCCGCCCCCAGAAAGUGGACUUGCUCCCUCUCAUAACGAUUGGGCGGACGGCGUUAUCGUAAAUCCACCUGUGAACAAUCAAACGGUUUUCGAGUGCAAGUAUGAAAUCGACUCCCUGUGCGGAUUCUUGAAGCUUUCCAGAAUCUUUUAUAAUGCUACCAAGGACGAUUCGUUUAUGAAUGACAACUGGUUUUCUGCUAUCGACCAGAUCUUUCGAGUCAUUGACGAACAAUCCCAGCCGACUUUCGAUAAGAACUUUAAUUUCAUCUCAUACUACAACUGGACCGGUGGAAAUGGAGCGUUAUCUCCUAGCGUUCCAAACGACGGCAAUGGCGAGCCAAAGGCGUAUACGGGUAUGCAUAGGUUGGCACGCAUCAUCGUCCUUCAGAUGACCUCAGUGUAUUUGGUGAGUUCUCUAGGCCAGAAUAUAAGUGCUCUGGCUAAAACAUGGAGCUCGCGCAUCCAUGACUCAGUCUGGGAAAAUACUAUUGUCGACAAUAUUUUUGCAUACGAAACGAACGGCUAUGGUGCUCGAUAUGUUAUGGAUGAUGCCAAUGUACCUUCCUUGCUAUCCCUUCCGUAUCUUGGAUUCUUGCGUAAAGACGAUCCAGCCUACGUAGUCACCCGUAAGCUUCUCCUUUCAUCUAAGAAUCCGUACUACGCUGCGGGGAAGACAUUCAAUGGCAUCGGCGGACCACAUGUGGAUCCGUGGCACCCGUGGCCAAUGUCCCAGAUAUCUGCAAUAUUUGGCACGGAUAAUGACGAUGAAAUACUUGAAUCAUUGUAUAUCAUCGCUAACAAUACCAAUGGGCUCGGUUUGAUACACGAAUCUCAGUCGAUAUACAACUCUUCGGACUAUACGCGGCCUUGGUUUGCGUGGGCAAACAGCUACUUCGCAGAGAUGCUCUUGGAUUUGGCGGAACGAAAGCCUGGUCUGAUUUUCUCUGAGGAUGUGAGCUACAGGUCUGGCCAAUAAAUGCCACUACUUGGUACACCAUGCAUGUACUUAUCUGAAACUUGAAUCCUUGUGUAGCAAUUGAUCGUACACGUAAAUAUCUUGCCUUUGUGCUGGCUGUG